AUGCCUCUCUUUAUAAACAGAGACCAGAUGUUUGCUCAUCAGGUACACCUGCUGGAGCACAAACUGAGGAGUAAAGAGGAGCGAAUACUGGAACUGGAGACAGAGAAUGCUAUUCUCCAUUUAAGACUUGCUGAGUGUCUGGGGAAACUCCGUCGAGAAUCUGAAGAAGAGAGCAAGGCCCUGACCCAACUUCAGCACCAGAGGAAUGCACAGAAGAUAACCCGGUCAGCCCUAGCAAAACUCCUCUCUGGUGUCCAGGCAGUGAAGCAGGAAUUGAGCGAAAUUUUUGCAGUGUAUUUGAGUUUUGCCACUGAGCUGGAGGAGAAGAGCAAGCAGCUGCUGGAAAAGGUUGGCCAGGCCAGCUGUCCUCUAAACGGUCACCGUGGAGACAAUGGUCAGAACUUGCAAGCUCAUGUUGCAGCCCUGGAGCGCUCUCUGGAGGAGGAGAGGGAGAAGUGCAGGGCAGAGAGGCAGCGGAGGAAAGACCUACACAACACACUGGUGGAGUUGAGAGGAAACAUCCGGGUUCACUGCAGGGUGCGACCGGUUCUUCCCUUUGACCACGUUGAGUCCUCCACCUCUGCGUCAGGGCCACCAGAAGAAGUGGUCUCUGCGAUGAGUGAUGACACAGUGAUGGUGAACUGCAUAAAAACAGGGAUGCCAGUACACAACAAGAUCUUUGAAUUUGAGAGAGUUCAUGGACCAGAGGAUUCCCAGGAUGCCGUCUUUCAGGAGGUCAGACCUCUAAUGACAUCACUGCUGGACGGCUACAAUGUGUGCAUCAUGGCGUACGGGCAGACGGGCAGCGGGAAGACCCACACCAUGAUGGGAUCCCGGCCGCUGGAGGAGAACUCAGGGACGCAGAAGGACACACAGCAGGGGAUCAUCCCCAAGGCGGCUGCAGAGCUCUUUAGGCUGAUCUCUGAGAAGCCCGCAGAGAGCCACACGGUGGAGUUGUCCGUGAUGGAGGUGUACAACAAUGAGGUGUUUGACCUCCUGGCCAGAGACGAGCUCAGCAGUGCCGCUGGCCAGCGCCGGGACGUCAUCACCACCUCCUCCGGCACCAUCCAGGUCACCUCCCUCACGCACCAGCCUGUGUGUAACGCCUCUGAGGUGAUGCAGAUUAUCAGCAGUGUUUUGAAGUUCAGAGCUCACUGCCCCACCCUCAUACACCCCGACUCCUCGCGCUCACACCUCGUCGUCAACCUCACCGUUUCCUCCAAAAGCCCCAACGCACUGGCCCUCGCCCGCAGGUUACAGAGAGCGAAGAGGGACAUGCAGCAGUCCACCCAGAAGGAGUGGUGGAGUCCACGCUGCCACCGUGCUAACCCCUCUGCCCAGCACUCAUCCGAUGAGCUCUUUGCAAGCUCCUCCUCCUCUCCCUGCCCCUCCCCUUCCCUCUCUCCAUGCCCCUCCCCGAGGCCCAGCAUGUCACAGGCUCCGUUCAAGACCAAGCUGCAGCUGGUGGACCUGGCGGGGAGCGAGUGUGUCGGCAUGUCUGGAGUAUCAGGUGCAGCUCUGUGGGAGGUGUCCUGUAUAAACCGCAGUCUCUCUGCACUGGCUGAUGUCCUGGGAGCUCUGGCAGAGCACAGACCACACGUCCCAUACAGGAACAGCAAACUCACUCAUUUACUACAGGAUGCCAUAGGGGGCGACGCAAAGCUGCUGCUGAUGCUGUGCGUCUCCCCGACGCAGCACUUCAUCACUGAGUCUCUGCAGUCUCUGGGUUUAGGCACACGGGCCCGCCAGGUCCAGAAAGAGCCGCCCCGAAGAAAGAAUAACACCCUCAAAGUUAAGUGAAGAAACAGGGAAGAGAUUUCAUCCUUUUUUCAACGGGUGCAUCAUUUAUUAGCCAUGUGACCCACAAUAUGAGGACACUCAUGUAUUUAUGAAUGAUAGCGUUAGUGAGCCCUUUAAAAAAGACUUGACGACUUAAAGUUAACAGCCUUAAAAAACAAAUCAAUAUCUUACAGUGGUUGAUAGAGAAGUCUUUUAAACAGUGGGAUACGAGAUGCUGUGCGUUACAUUUUGAAGUAACUAUUCAAGAGCGCCUCGAUGUCCUGUCUCUUAGUGUUUUAUGUUCUGAGUUUGAUGUCCUAGCUCUCAUUGUGAUAAUAAGUACACUGGAUAACAGUUUUUCAAACAAUGUUCUAUUUGUUUCAAAAAUAUUUUGGUUUGUAUAAAUCGUUUUUUGGGCCGUGCAGAAGUGUAUGCUGAUUAAAGGUAGAACACAAACCUGUGUUAAUAACCAAGUAGUUCUGAACACACUGUGUAGUGAACAUGUAGUCAUACAUUAGAGUGAAGUUACAGAUUGUCCAAUCAGAGCUUCAUGUACAACUAACUCACAGUACUUAGUGUGUUUUUGAUCAUGUUUCUAAUUUACUCUCAUUGUCAGCGUUAGGUUAUGUCAGCAGUGUGUGGAAAGACUUUUCCUGCUCAAAUAUUUUUCCAGUUAUUCUGCUGUAAAUACUUGUCAGUACCCGCUGCUUACACCAUGCCUUCUCCUUUUUAAGUGCUUUGGACGCAGCUUCUUUAAAGGUCCCAUAUUAU